UAUCUCGUCGCGAUGAUUUUCAUGCGGCUCGCCCGAACGUGUUCAUCUGUCAGCCAGAGGUGAACAUGGCAGACAUCUCGGAGAGGACGCUCCAGGUCGCCGUCGUGGCUUCCUUCGCCGCCGGCUUCCUGGCGGGCUGGCAGGCCAACAGAAUGAGGAGGAAGUUUCUGGACUGGAGGAAGAAACGGCUCCAGGAUAAACUGUCGGAAACUCAGAAGAAGAUAGAUUUGUCUUGAACGGUUUGGGGCUGUCUGGUCUACGUGAACCCUGGUCCUCUUCUUGGUGGUCUUCCUUUUAAAGCUGCUGGGUCCUGAAUGUGCUACACGCCUGUCACUGUGGAGAAGGGACCUCAACCCGUCCUACCUGUGUCCCUUCACUUUUACCACCACACUUUUUGGAAAUGAAGGUUGAACUUUAUAUUUCUGUGGAAAUACACCCACACACCGCGUCUUCUUCUUUGCCCUCGGACACUAAACGUGGGAGAAUUUGGUGAUCUGGCUUCAGUGUUUGUUUCAUAUCUUGUGAAAUAAAUUAUUUGUAUUUUUCA